AUGGCACAUGGGAUUCCUUCUCAAGGCAAAGUUACCAUCACGGUGGAUGAGUACAGCUCCAAUCCCACCCAGGCAUUCACACACUACAACAUCAACCAGAGCAGAUUCCAGCCGCCACAUGUCCAUAUGGUCGACCCCAUCCCAUAUGACACUCCAAAACCAGCGGGCCACACGCGGUUUGUCUGCAUCUCAGACACACACUCCAGAACAGAUGGUAUCCAGAUGCCUUAUGGGGACAUCCUUCUCCACACAGGCGAUUUCACCGAGCUGGGACUGCCCUCAGAGGUUAAGAAGUUUAAUGACUGGUUAGGAAACCUGCCAUAUGAAUAUAAAAUUGUGAUUGCUGGGAAUCAUGAACUGACAUUUGAUAAGGAAUUCAUGGCAGAUCUCGUUAAACAGGACUACUACCGUUUCCCCUCUGUGUCCAAAUUGAAACCAGAGGACUUUGACAAUGUCCAGUCCCUCCUGACAAACAGUAUUUACUUGCAAGAUUCAGAGGUAACCGUGAAGGGAUUCAGGAUAUACGGUGCACCUUGGACCCCGUGGUUUAAUGGAUGGGGCUUUAACCUACCCAGAGGCCAGUCUCUGCUGGACAAAUGGAACCUCAUCCCCGAGGGCAUCGACAUACUCAUGACACACGGACCUCCUCUAGGUUUCCGGGACUGGGUUCCAAAGGAGCUUCAAAGGGUGGGCUGCGUGGAGCUCUUAAACACGGUCCAGAGGCGGGUUCGGCCCAAGCUCCACGUGUUUGGAGGAAUUCAUGAAGGGUACGGCAUCAUGACCGACGGUUACACCACAUACAUCAAUGCCUCCACCUGUACAGUCAGCUUUCAACCGACCAACCCUCCAAUUAUAUUUGACCUUCCGAACCCACAGGGCUCCUAAGCUCUCCGCAUCCUAUUGGAAUGUGAGGGACGGUCUAAAAACUGCCAUUUUUCUAAUUAGAAACUUACAUUCUCUGACUUGUUUAUUUUCAAAUCCUGUGAGUUCUUUUUGUAAAUUGUUGGAACAGGAAAAAAAAACGACGCUAGAGUUGUGCCGCCUCUUCUUGCGUUUUAAGUGGGGUACCCAUUUGAAAUCAAAGGAGCAUUGUGAAUCUGUAAGAUGACUUCUGUUUGCUGAAAGGCCACGCCGCUGUAAAUUGUUAGUGUUUGCCAAAGGACAGCCAAGCUUUCUUUAAAAAAAAAUGAUUUUAAAAAGUCUUAUUUGAAUAUGCUUUAAGCUGAAAGAGAAAGAUUUUUAAUAAGAAGAGAAACACAUAGGCAGUGUUUUGAAAACCACCCAGGUUUGCACAGCUCGUUGAGUAUCGUUUGAUGUGUUCUGUUGUUGUUUUCUUGGUGUUAGUUCACUUUUAUUUUACAGAUGUGGCCCCAAUUUAGAGCAAUCUCAGCAGAGGUAGGUCUGGAAAAGCCUUAGCUUCACACUGGCUGUCAAAAAGACGGUGUCCAAGCUGGGGAAGAAGAGCCCUCCUUCAGCGGCUUAGCCAGAGAGGCCCAUGUCCGCGUUAUGCAAACUCGCGCUGUUUAUUUGUUUUCUUUUAAGUUAUUUGAGCUUUAAAAAUACGGAAACAAUAAUCUGUCGAGAGCAGAUAUUCAUGCAAGGAAAAAAAAACUGUGCAGACUCCUUUUCAAUGUGGAUAUAUAUAUAUAUAUAUAUAUAAAUAUUUUUUGUGCAUUAUGACUAAGGUAGGAGUUUAAU